GGGGGAGCACAUUUUUUUUUAUUUAUUUUUUUUUAAUUUUUUUUUUUUUUACCUGUCACGUUCGUCCUAGAAAAAUAAAAAAAUAAUUAAAAAAAAAAAAAAAAAAAAAAGGGGAGGCAGGGGCGCGGGAACCCGAGGCAUCCCCGGCACGGGGGAGUGCGUGUGUGUGCGCGGGGGGCGCCCCGCCGCCCCGCCGCCCCCCGCCGCACCGCAGCGUGCGGGCAGCGAGCGCGAUGCGCCCCGCGCUCGGCUCUGCGGAAUAGCGCGGCCGCCGCUCGCCCUCCGCGGGCUUGGGGCGCACGGACCCGACCGCUGGCCAUCCCCUAUUGAUGUCCAUGAAUGCAAACACCAUGAUUUUCAUGAUCCUGGGCGCCUCUAUCGUUAUGAGUUGACCAGAUGCCUUGGUUGUGGGCUCUUACAGGCAAUAGCUUGCUUGAUGGACAUGAAUGCGUUGCUGGACAGAUUUCACAAUUACAUCUUACCGCAUCUGAGAGGGGAAGACCGAGUUUGUCACUGCAACUGUGGAAGGCACCACGUCCACUACGUCAUCCCGUACGACGGGGACCAGUCGGUGGUGGACUCCUCGGAGAAUUACUUUGUGACUGACAAUGUAACCAAGCAGGAGAUUGACCUGAUGCUGGGACUUUUGCUGGGCUUUUGUAUAAGCUGGUUUCUGGUGUGGAUGGACGGGGUUCUCCACUACGCGGUGCGAGCCUGGAGAACCAGCCGACGGUAUGACAACUCCUGGUCUUGGAUCCCCAAAUUUUGUAACUUGAAGGAGUUCAGGAAACGUCACCACAGGCAGUACGAGGAGGCCACCGGGAACAUGGUGCACAUCAAACAGAAGCUGUACCAUAACGGGCACCCCAGCCCACGGCACCUCUGAGGGAAACCUGCCCCUCCUGGGGACUGCAGUGAGCUUUUAAAAACAGGACUUCUGCUCUUCUUCCAGCUUCUGGUUUGCUCCUCCAUGGAAGCCCAGCCGAGGACACGAUUUUACUGAUCCAUCCCGUGUGUCCCCCCCCCCCUCCAAAAGGGACACACCACGAUGCACAACUAAGCCAGUCCUGGAUGCUACGCAGCCAAGACAUUGCACUGUGGUCCACAUUUUAUUGUCAGACUUGUGUAUAUAUGUAAAAAAAAAAAAAAAAAAAAAAGCAGACAAACUAAAACAAACAAACAAAAAAAAAAAAAAGAGAGAGAGAAAAGAGAUUUGCAUUAUACUUUCAAGCCCCCUGAAUUUUCCCGGCGUUCCCGGCUGUCCUGCACAUCCAGCUGCCCCCAGGGGAAUGUUGGUCGAGGGGAUGGAGGUGGGACAGCACGAAGAUGAUGCAGAGUGUCUCAUCCAAGAGCUCAAGUCCCCCGUUUCUUUGGUCCUUUGGCUUGGUUUUGCUCUGCCCUGUCCUUUCUGUUGCUAAAAUGGCGUGGCUGGUCACAGGUUUGGAUGGGAGCUGCUGCCAGCGGGCUGGGAAGGCACAGCGCCCCUUUUUGCUUCGGUUCAUGUUUUGGGGAGUUGUUGUGGGGGAAGGAAACGCUGGGAAUGUGUAAGUGGUUUGUUGUUUGAGUUGCUGUACACUGAAACCUGCCUUAAGCAAUCCGGGGAAUCUCAGUGCCAGCCCCAGUGGGGCAGGGCUGGGCAUGCCUGGGUCACCCCUCUGGUGGGACCUCGGUGGUGUCAGCGCUGCUGCUCCUCACCAGAGCUGGAGAGGAGGGAGGGAGGGAGGAGUGGGAUGGUGUUGGAUCUGACUUUGCACCCUGAUCAUACCCCUCUGCUCAUAAACACCCCCCACCCCUCACCUGGGAGGGAAGGAGCUGCUCCCCCCUCUUUCAGAGAGAGAGCCCGAGGCCCUGGUUAAACCACCCCAAAAACACUGGCAGUGCAGCGAGAGGGUCCUGUGAACAGCCUCACUGCCCCUGCACAUGAACAAACACCUCUCUCCCGUGCUCCUGCCCUGGGCUGGAAUAGCAGCAGGUCUGGCCUUGGCUUGAGGGACACAGAAACGUGGACCUGAAGCCAAACUCCUCUGCAGAGUCCCAAAUGUCCCAAACAUCCCACGUCACAACGUUGAACCAAAGUGUGAGGAUGCCCUAAUUUGCUUUCCCCAGUCACAUUUUAGGUGUGGGGUUUAAGGCCUGAGCAUGACCAAGGGUCUGAAACCAACCUGCACACCCAGAGACCUCCUCCAGUUGCAGGCAGAGGUGGCUGAAGGAGCUGAUAAAGGCCCUGUGUGGGGGUGUCUGGUCCUUGCAGAGGGUUGUGUUCUGCUGGGGGAGAGCAGCAGAGGUGCCCAGAACACACCCAUGCCUCUUGCAGGUGCUGGGCAGCAGCACUUCUGCUGCCCGUGGUGGGCAGAGAGAGGAACAAAGGAGGGAGAUGCCCCAAGAAGCUGAGAUGGUAGCCCUGAAAUCACUUCUCCUUCAUUCGCCACUUUGUAUCGAGUGGGUUUGUGCUCAGGUGGGGAAAACACCCCAAAGAAGGUGAAUAUUGGCAGAAAGUGCUGGUUUCUUCCAUGGGUUCCUUGACACUGGCAGUGGCCUCCCAUUGUCUGAUGGCAAUCCCUGUGGAGGGAGAAGGACACCAUCACUCCAGCUCUUCCCUCCCUGCUUCAGCUUCUGUGUCUCGGAGUUUGUUUUCUUUAAUUUGCUAUGCCCAGGGUCAGUUCAAUCACAAGCCCCAAGAGCCAAACACUCCCAUUUUUCUGCCAUUCCUACCUUUGUUAUUCCCUAGGACCUCUUGUCUUGGAGCCCCCAGUUUGUGUCUGGGCCUAAAUAACUGCCUGGUCCAUAAUUGUGUCUGUUUGACUGGCUGGAAUGUCUGCAGCCACCUGUUGGGAUCUGAGGAAUGACUUUUCCUGGAGCAGCUCCUUUCCCAGACACACAGCUUUGCACCCUCCCUGAGCAGGCAGGGGAGAGCAGGUCCUGUGUUAUCAAAGUGUCUUCAGGUGGGACAAACAUUUUGCAGAGGAGAAAAUUCCAUCGUGGCAAGGACAAAUAUUGAGUCUCUGGAACUGGUUAUGGGAGGGGGGGGGAAGGAAAAAGCACUUUAAAUAAUCUUUCCACUUGGAGCCUCUCAUGAGAGAGACUUAAGGCAGUGACUUAAAGUCAGACUGAAUAUAAAGCCUGGUUCUGCCCUGCUCUAGCAGCUGCCCUUGGUUGAAAUAUUAUUAAAUAUGGGACAACUGGAAAGAGUGAAGUGAUGGCUCUCACUCAUUAAGUCUGAUCUGUCUGACCCACAGUGAAAUUUCAGAAGAGCAGGAGGCUCUGGAAGAAAAAGAAAAAAAAAAUCCCACACAAUACAUAAUCCCAUUAUUUAAGAACAGAUUUUUUUCUUUUUUUUUCUUUUUUUUUUUUUAUAAUUUGGGUCUGUAGCUCUCACCUUGUGAGCCUCUCUCUUGUUCACACAGCCAAAAAAAAUAAAUCAAAGACGGUCUCAGUGCAAUUAAAUUUACUGGGAGUCAGUCAUUUAUGGUCUUAAAUGCACAGAAAUCAGCCAUGUCCCCUCUGUGGGGAACGAGGUGACAAAGCCCCCAAGAGAAGCAGAAGGUGGAGGAGGUUUUUGGGUACCCAUCACUGCACUGCAGCCCCUGCUCUCCCUGCCUGCCACCCUCUCAGCUGAUCCUGCUCCAGGGGGAGUCUUCCCAGUCCUGUCUGAUGUGUCCUCUCUCGUCCCCCUGUCCCAGUGAGGUUGCUGCUCUUGCUGUCCGUGGUCUGCUGUUCCUCUGUGCACGUGUUUGUUUUGCUUCUCUCUCUGGUGUGGGGGUGUUUCCUCCUUGUUCAAUUGUCCCAGAUGUGCUAGUGUUGACUUGUUUGUUGUUCUCUUGCCUCUGAUCCAGUCUUCACACACACACACACAAAAUAACAAACCAAAAAAACCAACCACAGAUGGAAAAAACAACAACACCCAAACCCAGCAACAACCCCAGGCAAAAAGGGUUCGGUUGGGGGUGACUCUGGCAUCAGGGAGCUGACAAAACAAGGGCAGGCAGAGAGGAAAGGGGGUGCAAAGCUCUGAGCUGGCAGCUGUGGCCGUGCUGGCAGCUCUGUGGGACACGGGAACAGGAUCUGUGGGACACAGGAAUGGGAUCUGUGGGACACAGGAGUGGGAUCUGUGGGACACAGGAGUGGGAUCUGUGGGACACAGGAACGGGAUCUGUGGGACACAGGAAUGGGAUCUGUGGGACACAGGAAUGGGAUCUGUGGGAUACAGGAACGGGAUCUGCAGGGCAGGGGAGUGGGAAGUGCCGGCCCCGUCUCAGCACUCGCCCGCCAGAUGCUUUGAGAGAGGCUCUGGUGGUGCUGGUGGAGGGUGAGGGGGGGUGUGUGGGAUAUUUUUAGAGCAGAGACAGAGCUUAAAAGUGGAUGUGUCGAUCCUCCAGAGCUGGGAUUGGCACUGGGAAUGUUCUCCCGUGUUUUUGGUGUGAGGAGCCCAGGCCUGGCUGCCUGCACAUCCCAUGGGUGUGUGCUGGUUGCUGCAGAGGGGAGGAGUGGAAAGCCAGGUGGAGAAAAGCAGGGGACUGAGAAAUCCAUUGCAUCAACCAGUAGCUCCUUUUUAAAAUCAGAUCCUGUCCUCAGUACCAGCACUGCUGAAUAAACCCCUUUUGCCCAUAGAAACAUCAAGAAGGACCUUUCCUCUCCGAGGAACAGUUUGGGAAGGUGUCUCAUGUGAUUCCAUCCAUCCAUCCAUCCAUCCAUCCAUCCAUCCACUGUACCCUCUUACUGCUCAGCCAGCCCUUGAGCCAGCCAGGGACACAUCCACUGGCCCAUCCUGGCUGAAAGACCUGGCAGCACUUUAUCCAUAAUCAGUCCAAGGCCAGGAGGGAGCCUGGAAGGGCACUGGCAGCAGGGUGGGGUGGGUUUAGUUACUCUCACAGCUGUUCUACCUCAUUUUCUGGUUGUGCUCAGCUGGGAGAAGGGAAUCCCUGAUCAAAAGGGAUGUUAAACACAGCCAACUAAGGUGAUUAAGGGACUGGAGCAUCCCUUCUGUGAGGGAAGGCUGGGAAAGCUGCUCUGGGUGGCUGUGCUUGAGCAGCAGAAUUGGACUAAGUGAAUUCCAGAGAUCCUUUCCAGAUCAAACCGUUCUGUGGGGGGAAAGUACUAGAGCAUGCGGUACAAGCAGACACUGGGAUCAGUGGUUUUCCAGCCUGGAUAUUUUGGUGGGAUAGAUCUGGGAUGGAGGGCAGGGGACAGGCAGGGCAGGGACACAGGACUGCAGGUUCCACCCCAGGAUGGAGUGCAGAUGAGGUGUCCUCUCAGUCCAGCCCACUGGGGUGCUCAGGAGAACCUGAAGCAGCAAGUGAGCUUAGUGAAAAAAAAAAUAAAUUAAAAAAGCCAAGUCUACAAUCUUUCUGCAGGGGCAGAGAAGGAAGCAGAGGAGUGGGGAAGCGUGGCAGGUUAAGGAGGAGCUGGGCUGCCCAUCUGCUGGGUCCUGCUGGGCCCCCAGGGUCCCACUCCGGGUCCAUGUGUGUGCACUCCCAGCCGUGUCCUCACGUGUUCACUGCAUGAGCCUCCUCCUCCUGCAGUGCCUCCCUCCCAUCUGCACUCACUGCUUGUCCAAAGGGGUUGCCACUCCGAGUCCCCUCUGGGAGCUGAGGGGUCCCAGGAGGGGCGAGCCCAGGGGGGCUCAGGCUGACCAAGGCAGGGAAAGCCCUUGCAGGACAGAGCACUCAGCUGGGGUGGAUUUUGUCACUGAGAACGACGAGAACAAAGCUUGCAGUGCUGUUUUCCCCUGAUUGUUACUCCUUCUUUUCUGUUUUUUUUUUCUGCACCCAAACCAGUUUUGCAUGCACCAGGCAGGGAGAGGCACAGCACACGUCGAGACUGAGAGAGAGAGGUCACGCUCUGCCCCGAGUCUGAUCACAGAAUAAUCUCUACUGUGGUUGAAAAGCAAUAAUGGCUAAUUUUGUUUUUUUAUUAUUAUUAUUCAAUAUACUUGCACGGGCAGAUGUCACCCAGGGUUUGUGCUCUCCAGUGGCUGUGCUGGAGGGGUGACAACCUGUGCUGAGGGAGCAGCUGAAGGCGCAGAGAGAGCUUGGGGUGAGGGGGGAGGCAAUAGAAAAAGCACACUGUGAUUUUAUUUGGGUCAAUGAGUGGAGUGUAUUUCAGCCAUUCCUUCCCUUUCAAUAAGAUGUUUGUACAUAACCAGUUCAGCUCCUGGAACUAAGCCCGUCCUUUGCUGUUUGUCAGUAAAAUAGUUUUUUGCA